AUGCGCCCCUGUACCGCCUCCUCAUGCUGCUGCCAGGCCCGUAAUCUGCCAUGGGCCCCUGUACCGACUCCUCAUGCUGCUGCCAGGCCCGUAAUCUGUCAUGGGCCCCUGUACCGCCUCCUCAUGCUGCUGCCAGGUCCAGAGUGUGUCAUGGGUCCCUGUACGGCCUCCAUUUGCUGCUGUCUCUAUCGCCACACUCUGCCAUGUGCCACUUUCAGGUCUCCUCACACUGCUGGUGGUUUCCAUUUUUGUCAUAGGGUGCUGUAUGGCCUCCCAUUGCUGCUGCCUCCACCGCCACACUGUGGCUCCACACUCUGGUUUUGGCCCCGUGACUGCCCAAAUGAGUGAAGUGUGCGGUGAUUCUAAGAUCGACGGCACUCAUCUGCAUGUCAUACUGACUGACAGUAUUAUUUCUCUUCCCCAGCAGA